AUGGAUUCGGAAGUACCUGGCAUCGAGAUCAACCCGCCACUGUUAAACUCGGCCAACCCGUGGGCAACGACACAUCGUGACUUGGAGGCAUUAUUCAAGUGCCCCUCACUUGGCGCAAUCACGACGCGGACCGCUCUUUUAAAUGGCUUCAAGCAUGAUGCCGCUGUUCAUCAAUACACGUUUUUUGACACCGUGACACACGCACCCAACGAGGAUUUGAAAAAUGUCAAGGACGAGGAAACAUCAAGCCUAAACACCCUUGGCUAUAGCCCUUAUCUACUCAGGGAGUACCUAUCCUACAUCAAGGCGUUAUCGGAUGAUCUGUCGGAACCUUCAACAAAGCUAAUUAUCGUCUCCGUUACUGGGUCCCCCGACGAGGUGGCGGAAUGCUACCGUCUUGUUGCGGACCACAGCAAGGUGGUCAAGAUGCCUCUGGCGGUCGAGAUCAACCUGAGCUGUCCCAAUAUCCCCAACGCACCGCCGCCGGCCUAUUCUGGGGACAUGCUGAUGCUGUAUCUGAAAGCGCUGCGGGAGAUCAUCUCCGGUGGUGAGAUCCCGAGGAUUCCAUUUGGCCUCAAGACGCCGCCGUAUACCCACGCCGGCCAGUUUGAAGCCAUUGUCGCGGCCCUGCGAUCUCAGGGCGCGCCUUGCCCCGUCACCUUCCUGACGGCAACAAAUACUUUGGGCUCUUGUCUGGUGCUUUCGGACAUCGACUCACAGGCUGGAGGGCCGAAACUACCUGGGCCAGGUAUUGGCGGCAUGGCCGGCGCCGCCCUUCACCCCUUGGCCCUCGGCAAUGUCGCCACGAUGCGGAACAUGCUGGAUCAAGCUGCCGAGACCAAGGAUGUAAAGAUUAUUGGCAUUGGUGGAGUCGAAGAUGCUUCGGGGUAUAAACGCAUGAAGAGUGUUGGCGCUUGUGCUGUGGGAGUUGGUACUGCUCUGGGACGGAAGGGACUGAAAGUCUUUGAAGAGAUUGAGACCGGCCUAAAGGGUGAGUUGUAA